AUGUCCGACGUGCAGCCACUUAAGGUGCUGCGGUACGGUGCCCCUGCGGUCAACACGCAUGCUGGGAGGACACUUCAGUGCACCACGUGUGGAAAGGUGUUUAAGCAAGCAGGAUAUCUAAGGAGACACCAGAGGGUUCAUACUGGUCAAAAGACUUACCCUUGUGAAACAUGUGGAAAAUCUUUCAAAAAAAAAGAAAAUCUUAAAGUACAUCUGAAGAUUCAUACUGGAGAAAAGCCUUUCCCAUGUACAACAUGUGGAAAGACUUUUCUACGAAAAGGUGAACUUCAGAAUCACCUGAUGAUUCAUACUGGAGAAAAGCCUUUUCCUUGUACAACAUGUGGAAAAUCUUGUGCAACAAAAUAUAUUCUUCAGGUACACCUAAAGAUUCAUACCGGAGAAAAGCCUUUCCCAUGUACAACAUGUGGAAAGACUUUUCUACGAAAAGGUGAUCUUCAGAAACACCUGGUGAUUCAUACUGCAGAAAUUGUAGAAAAGCCUUUCCAAUGUACAACAUGUGGAAAGACUUUUCUACGAAAAGGUGAUCUUCAUAAACACCUGUUGAUUCAUACUGCAGAAAAGCCUUUUCCUUGUACAACAUGUGGAAAGUCCUUCAGAGAAGGAGGCAAUUUAAGGAAACAUCAGAUGAUUCACACUGAUGAAAAGCCGUACCUAUGUACCACAUGUGGAAAAGCUUUUAGAGAGGCAGGUGAUUUAAGGAGACACGAGAGGACUCACACUGGUGAAAAGCCUUACCAAUGUACAACAUGUGGAAAAGCCUUUAUACAGGAAAGUUCUUUAAGGACUCACCAGAGGAGCCACACUGUAGAAAAGUCAAUGUACCACUGACUAGACCAUAUAUGUGUAAAGAAUAAAAUCAGUUCUUUUAAAAAAUGAAUUAUGUAUCCCUGUGUGCUCUGACAAGACAAUAGACCUGAAUACUUUAUUAUCUCAUUGCCUUUAAGACAUGAUUUCCAAAAACAACUAAAUAAAUGAACUGAUCUCAAUUGAAAAUAACAUAUAGAAAUUCGGACCACCACUUAGAAACAGUGUUUUAGACAUCCUCCCAUGAGUUUAAGGAUAUAUGUUAAGAGAAGAAACAUGUUGUAUGUGACUGCAUGUAAAAUAUGAAUGUAUUGCAUUCUGUAAAUGUUUACUGCUAUGGACUAUUUGUAAAUGAUUACUGAAUAUGACGAA